GCAGCCAAACCCGAAAGCCCUUCCCCCGUCAUAAAGGCGCCGCGGCACGGCACGGCACGGGCGCCUGUCGGCGGUGGGCAGCCAAGCCCGCAGCGUGGCGUGGCGUGGCGUGCUACAGUGGGGCGGGAGGAACAGCGACCGCAUCGAAGUCGCUGCUGCGGUGGGGCGCAGUGGGAGCCAGUAGGAUUACUUCGCCAGAGGCAGCAGCAGUAGUAGAUGGGACAGGCGGAGAGAGAUGGCCAGAGCGCGACGCGUUCGCGGGGUGGAGGAGAAGAAGCGCAUUAAUGCCGAUGCCGCCACCGCUGCUUUAAGGCUCUCUCCUCUGUAGCCCUGCCUCCCCUGCUCAGCCAUCUCUACCGAGUAGUACUACCUCAGUGCGAGCGCGUUCGCGUGGCGCGCGGCUGGGGGAGAACGAGAGAUGGGGAUUGAUCUGAACACCGUGGAGGAGGACGGGGACGCUGCAGCUGCGUCCGCGGCGGCGGGGGUGUGCGGUGAGCUGUGGCACGCGUGCGCGGGGCCAGGGGUUUCGCUGCCGCGGCAGGGGAGCGCGCUCGUGUACCUGCCGCAGGGCCACCUCGCUUCGGGCGGCGGCGGCGGCGGGGAGGUGGCCGGGGCGGCGCCACCCGUGCCGCCGCACGUGGCGUGCCGCGUCCUCGACGUCGAGCUAUGCGCGGACGCGGCGACGGACGAGGUGUAUGCGCGGCUCGCGCUGGUGGCGGUAUGCGAGAUGUCCAGGCAAAACCUAGGUGGAACCGCAUGGGGAGAAGAGGACAUGGAGUUUGGUUCUGGAGAAAAGAAACCACGCAUGCCACAUAUGUUCUGCAAGACACUCACUGCCUCUGAUACAAGCACACAUGGAGGUUUCUCUGUUCCUCGCCGGGCCGCAGAGGACUGUUUCCCACCUUUGGACUACGAGCAGGUCAGGCCUUCACAAGAGCUCAUUGCAAAGGACUUGCAUGGCACACAAUGGAGGUUUCGCCAUAUUUAUAGAGGUCAACCUCGUAGGCAUCUUCUAACGACUGGAUGGAGUUCAUUUGUCAAUAAGAAGAAACUAGUCUCGGGGGAUGCAGUCUUAUUUCUUCGAGGCUGUGACGGUGAACUAAGAUUAGGCAUAAGGAGAGCAGUUCAACUUAGAAAUGAGGACCUUUUCAAAGCUGUGAACAGCAGUGAUUCAAGGCAGCGCACACUAUCUGCUGUUGCCAGUUCCUUCAGAAAUAGAAGUACUUUUCAUGUUUGUUUCGACCCAAGUUCAUGGUUCGUUAGUCAUGUGUUUUUACUGCUUUACCUCACAAGGAGUGGUGCGUCAGAAUUUAUUGUGCCUUAUUGGAAAUUCUCUAAGAGCUUGAACCACCCUUUGUCUAUUGGAAUGAGGUUUAAACUUUCCUAUGAGAGUGAGGAUGCUAAUGAGAGGUCCACCGGAAUGAUUUCAGGUGUUAGUGAAGUAGACCCCAUAAGAUGGCCUGGAUCAAAAUGGAGAUGCCUCCUGGUAAGAUGGGAUGGCAAUACUGAUUGCAACCAUCAACACAGAAUUUCUCCAUGGGAGAUUGAGAGAGUUGGUGGCAUGAAUUCAGUUACUCAUUCUCUGUCAGCAUCUAAUUCGAAGCGAACCAAAUUGAGCUUUCCUGAAAGCAAUUUGGAUGCUCCAGUUAUUGAUGGAAAUGGUUAUCCAGACUCCAUGGAAAUUAAAAAGUUCCGCAGGGUCUUGCAAGGUCAAGAAUUGAUGGGUUCUAAGACUCGUGGUGUUGCAUGCUCUCAAUCACCUGAUGUCGCAAACAUUCGAACUUCAGACAACAGGUGGUUCUCUAAUGUGCAGGAGCAAGCCAGUGAGUUUACUUACCAGCACUUGGGCUUUGGUGAAUCUGUUGGAUUCCCAGAGGUCUUGCAAGGUCAAGAAAUGUCUCAAGCAGUUCCCUUUUUCAAAGGAACUACUUUUGACACCCGUGCAACGAAUGGCAGAGUUGGCUCGUUUAGUCAUGUGCGCCAAUCAGCUGCACCGACUGGACUGCCUGCUGAAGCUCAAGGAUAUUCUCUCCCGCAGUUUGCUCUGUCAUCAGCAGCGAAAGUAUCUUCUCCCUCUUCUGUUCUUAUGUUUAACCAAGCGACAGUUCCGCAGCUUGAAUUGGAAGGCAGAACACACCACCAUGGGGCAUAUCUCAGCCAGUGUUCUCCUCUUGAGAUGGCAAGCAAAACUGAUGCCUGGCUGCGUGUACAGCGUCCAGUGCCAAGGGAAACUGGAGGCCAUCGAUUCGACAUAGGGAGAGCCUCAACUCCGGCAAAUUCUGGAUUGGCAACCCGAGACUCCGGGAGAAGCAAUUGCAGACUGUUUGGUUUCUCCUUGACUGAGAAGAUACUGGGAGCAGGUGAAGAUGUGAAGGGAGGAAACUCAAAUGAAGAAGCUGACCGUGCAGACCCACGGCUGCUUGAGUUGUUUGGGCACAGCCACCCUAGCCCCAGUGCUCUGCAUGCUCUCGUUGCUGCCCCCCUGGGCAUGUGAUGUUCAUGCUAGUUUAAUUUGCACGAAUGCGCGAUGGAUGGCCGUCAUGACUGUAUUUUUCGGUCGUGACGUAGGAGGUCUUUGUGUUAGUUCUUUCAGCUGCUUCUGACAUUUCCAGACUAGUGUAAUCGCACUUACGCUGCUACUUGCUUUCUUUGAUUUAACUCUGACAUUUCGUUGCGCGGAUGACUGUUUUAUCCUGAUGCAGUGGAGCUACAUCCUGCUUUUGAAAUUCGGUACUUCGUGAA